GGCUGAUUGGCAGCUCGUUCACUCGCUGAGCGGCGGCGGAGCAAACAGGGCGGCUGCUCACACUCAGCCUGGACCAGGAACCGCCGCUGCCGGGGUCACACCGCCGGAGUCCCGCCGUGUCACGGUCACCACUAUUCCUGUAAUCAUGUUGUCACGACUAUUCCGCAUGCACGGUCAGUUCGUGGCCUCUCAUCCAUGGGAGGUCAUUGUCGGCACAGUGACUGUCACCAUCUGUAUGAUGUCAAUGAAUAUGUUUACUGGGAAUGACAAGAUCUGCGGUUGGAACUAUGAGUGCCCCAAGUUUGAAGACGACGUUCUCAGCAGUGACAUAAUCAUCUUGACCAUCACACGAUGCAUUGCUAUUUUGUACAUCUACUUCCAAUUCCAGAACCUCAGACAGCUUGGAUCAAAGUACAUUUUAGGCAUCGCUGGUCUGUUUACCAUAUUCUCCAGCUUUGUAUUCAGCACGGUGGUCAUCCACUUUCUCGAUAAAGAACUGACCGGCUUAAACGAGGCUCUGCCUUUCUUUCUGCUACUGAUUGAUCUUUCCAAGGCCAGUGCCUUAGCCAAAUUCGCUCUUAGUUCCAACUCACAGGAUGAAGUCCGAGAAAACAUUGCCCGGGGCAUGGCGAUUCUUGGACCUACCUUCACACUUGAUGCGCUUGUUGAGUGCCUUGUGAUUGGCGUGGGUACAAUGUCAGGUGUUCGUCAACUGGAAAUCAUGUGCUGCUUCGGUUGUAUGUCCGUUCUAGCAAACUACUUUGCUUUUAUGACCUUCUUCCCAGCUUGCGUUUCCUUGGUAUUAGAGCUAUCCAGGGAGAGCCGAGAGGGCCGUCCCAUUUGGCAGCUCAGCCAGAUUACUAGUGCUUUAGAAGAGGAGGAGGAUAACAAGCCAAAUCCUGUCACUCAAAGAGUUAAAAUGAUUAUGUCUUUAGGUUUGGUUCUUGUUCACGCUCACAGUCGGUGGAUCAGUGAGCCUUCUUCUCAAAACAGCACCUCUAUUGAAGAUCCAAAGGUUUCCAUUGGGUAUGAUGACAGUAUGCCGAAGAGAAUUGAUCCCAGCAUGCCACUCUGGCAGUUCUAUCUCUCAAGGAUGCUGACUAUGGACAUCGAGCAGGUUAUUACCCUCAGUCUUGCUCUGCUUCUUGCUGUGAAGUACAUCUUUUUUGAGCAAACUGAGACAGAAUCCACCUUCUCCCUGAAGAACCCCAUUACCUGUCCUGUAACCACGCAGAAGAAGCCAACAGAAAGCUGCUGUGUAAAGGAGUAUGAAAGAAAAGCCCCAGUCACCCCAGUGAACGAGGUCUCCUCAAAGGAAGAAAAAGAGGCCGUAAUCAAGCCGCUACCACUGGAGCAAUCUCCCAUGACUAGCUUUGUGGUUGGAGAUUCCUCGUCGCUGGAGUCGUCCUCUGAUGAAGAUGGAGAGAAAAUAGAGUUACCAGAGCAACCUCGGCCAGUUGAUGAAUGUGUUCGCAUACUCAAGAAUCCAGACCAAGGAGCUCGAUUCCUAAGUGAUGCUGAAGUGAUCAGACUUGUAAAUGCAAAACACAUCCCUUCCUACAAACUGGAAACCAUGAUGGAGAGCCCUGAGCGAGGAGUGGCCAUUCGCAGAAAAAUGCUCUCGGCCAAACUGCCCCAGUCAUCAGCCAUCCAAAACCUUCCUUACAAGAACUACAACUAUUCUUUGGUCAUGGGCGCUUGUUGCGAGAAUGUAAUUGGGUACAUGCCCAUCCCUGUAGGUGUAGCUGGUCCUCUUCUUCUAAACAAUAAGGAGUUCCAGGUACCCAUGGCAACAACAGAAGGAUGUCUUGUGGCCAGCACCAACCGGGGCUGCAGAGCUAUAAUGAUGGGAGGUGGUGCACACAGCCGAGUGCUGGCUGAUGGGAUGACUCGUGGACCAGUGGUCAGGUUGCCAAGUGCUUGCGAUGCUGCUGAAGUGAAGACCUGGUUAGACAGCGCUGAAGGAUUUAAAGUCAUGAAAGACGCCUUUGACAGUACCAGCCGGUUUGCUCGGCUUGGAAGACUUCAGACCAGUGUUGCUGGAAAAAAUAUGUACAUCAGGUUUCAGUCAAAAACUGGAGACGCCAUGGGAAUGAACAUGAUCUCUAAGGGCACCGAGAAGGCACUUUCCAGGCUGCAAGAAGAGUUUCCUGAGCUACACGUGUUAGCUGUGAGUGGAAACUAUUGUACGGACAAGAAGCCAGCUGCUAUCAACUGGAUCGAAGGGAGAGGAAAGUCAGUGGUGUGUGAAGCAAUCAUUCCAGCCAAAGUAGUGCGAGAGGUGCUGAAAACCUCCACAGAAGCUCUGGUGGAAGUGAAUAUAAAUAAGAAUCUGGUGGGCUCUGCCAUGGCCGGCAGCAUCGGAGGUUUUAACGCACAUGCAGCUAACAUAGUGACUGCUAUUUAUAUUGCCUGCGGACAGGACGCUGCACAGAACGUUGGAAGCUCUAACUGCAUCACACUGAUGGAACACACGGGUCCGAUGCAUGACGAUCUGUACAUCAGCUGCACAAUGCCGUCCAUUGAAAUCGGCACCGUGGGAGGCGGGACCACCCUGGCCCCACAGCAAGCAUGCUUACAGAUGUUGGGUGUCCAAGGUGCAAGUAUAGAACGACCAGGCGAGAACGCGUGUCAGCUUGCGCAGAUUGUCUGUGCGACCGUAAUGGCGGGAGAACUAUCUCUAAUGUCCGCCCUGGCAGCUGGACAUCUAGUAAAGAGCCACAUGGUGCACAACAGGUCGAAAAUAAACCUCCAGGACCUCCGAGGAACUUGCACAAAGAAAGCAGCCUGAUUUUUAUUUCAUUUUGUUGGAUGGGUUUUUAUUGAAAAAUCCUUGAAGGACAAUCCUGUCCUAAAGAAAAAGAUGAAUAACGGAAAUGGUUAACUAGAAUAAAGGUGCUUUUACUACAAAUAUAAUGGAUGGUGAUACAGGCCGCUGACUCAGCACAACUUGAACCCAGUGGGAACUCGCCAGCAAAGAGGCCUCCCAUGUGUGUCCACUUGUUCAUCGUUUUACUUUCUUAUAAGGGUCCAUUAAAUUAUUGUUGGCAAACCAAUGUUUUGCUGGCAGUAUAAAUAUUGUCCUUUAAAAUUGCACAUCUGUAUAUUUAUGCUAUUUAUGUAAGUCUUGUAAUGGGCUGCAGUCCCGUCACGGUUGUUAAGCUACUCUGGAGAUUACUUUAUUAAAAAAAAGAUUUUAUUUUGUUAAGAAUUGUUAUAUACCUCAAAUUCUAGGGACAUUUUAAUGAAUUUCGUACGGUCAGCUUAUAAAAGAAAUGCUUAAGGUGCCAAACGGUGCCCCCCUGAUGAUUAUGGACUAAAAGUCCCAUAAUUGAUGACAUGCACACCGGGCAUUAUUGCCGUUUUCGUCCAUAGGACAUCUGGUGGCCAGUUUGACAACCCUGAAUUAAAAGUAUAGUUUGACUUAAUUGAAAGAUUAAGUAUCUCGAAUCCAUCCAAUCUGUAUACAGUGGAGUGUGGUUAAAUGUGUGUCUUACUGGGGAGUUAAGUUCAGUACAUUUCCUAAAUAUUUAAAGGCCAGAUAUCUUGAUGUGCUGUUUUUUUUGUUUUGGUUUUUACGUAUUUCUCCCCAAAUAAUCCCAGUUCUUAUAUUAAUUUCAACAUCUGUGUGGCUGUCCAGAAUUAAAAUACCAAAAGUGGUAGCCAACGUAUUUCUUUACAUAAUGUUUAAAUACAAAACACCGGGCCUGGAUCACUUUUUGUGCAUUUGGUAAGACUUGAUGUCAUAAAUAAAGCAUCUAUUUCCGUUUUA